AUGCCCUCUCAGCAAGUACUCGACAACAAGGACGGUGCUGUCUACACCACAUCCAACGGUGCUCCUUAUCCCGAGCCUUACGAGGCGCAGCGUGUUGGCCCACACGGCCCGCUCUUGCUGCAAGACUUCCACCACAUUGACCUCCUCGCUCACUUUGACCGCGAGCGUAUCCCAGAGCGUGUUGUCCAUGCCAAGGGGGCCGGAGCGCAUGGAUAUUUUGAAGUCACCCAUGACAUUUCUAACAUCUGCCGUGCUGCCAUCUUCAACAAGGUCGGCAACCGUGCCCCCGUGACCGCUCGCUUUUCCACCGUCGGUGGCGAGUCCGGUUCGGCAGACACUGCUCGUGACCCCCGUGGUUUCUCAAUCAAGGUUCGCACCGAGGAAGGAAACUGGGAUUGGGUCUUCAACAACACUCCGGUCUUCUUCAUCCGCGAUCCCGCCAAGUUCCCCCACUUUAUCCACACCCAGAAGCGUGACCCGCAGACAAAUCUCAAGGAUGCGGAUAUGUUCUGGGAUUAUCUCAGCCAGAACCCCGAGAGUAUCCACCAAGUCAUGAUUCUCUUUGGCGACCGUGGCAUUCCAGACGGAUACAGGCACCAGCACGGAUACUCUGGACAUACCUUUAAAUGGUACAACGAGAACGGCGACUUCCACUAUGUACAGGUUCACUGCAGGAAGCAGGGCGGCUUCAAGUUCCUAACUCAAGAAACGGGAGUCGAGCUCGCUGGUUCUAACCCUGACUACGGUACCCAAGAUUUGUUUGAGGCAAUCGAGAAGGGUGAACCUCAAAAGUGGGAUGUCUUUAUCCAAACCAUGACGCCUGAGCAAGCUGAGAGCUUCCGCUACAACAUCCUCGAUCUGACCAAGAUUUGGCCACACAAGGAUUACCCACUGCAGCCAAUCGGAACCCUCGUUCUUGACAGGAACCCAGAGAACUACUUUAACGAGAUUGAACAAGUAGCCUUCUCACCUUCCCACUUGGUUCCUGGUGUCGAGCCAAGCGCAGACCCAGUCCUCCAGAGCAGGUUGUUCUCGUACCCCGACACUCAUCGUCACAGACUCGGAGUCAACUACCAACAGAUUCCGGUCAACGCUCCGCUGUGUCCAGUGGCUAACUUCCAACGUGCCGGGUUCAUGAACGUUUCGUCACAGGGCGCCCGACCAAACUACCAAUCUUCACUCGCGCCAUUGACGUACAAGAAAGAAGGCAGGAUAUCCAAGAGGCACGAGAUCUUUGAAGGAGCCGCAGUUUUGGAUUUGAGCGAGUUGACCGAGCUCGACUUUGAGCAGCCACGCGCGUUGUGGCAAAAGGUUAUGAAGGAUGACGCUAAAGAACGGUUCGUCAAGAACGUUGCUGGCCAUCUUGGCGGCGCCAAGAGUGCGGAAAUCAAGGCUCGUCAACUGUCCGUCUUUGCUGCUGUUGACCAAGAUCUCUCGGACCGCAUCGCCAAGGCCAUGGGUGUUCCCACUGCCAAGCCACUCCAGGUCAAGCCUGCUUCUGCGGCCCUCAAGUUCAAGGCCGGCUGUGCGCAUACCCCGUUUUGCAUCAACAAUGCUCAAAACGUGAGGUCCCACUGA